AUGCACACCAACACAGGAAUAAAGCGCAAACCCCUACCCCAGACCACCUCCCCGGACGGCACCAUCCGCGGCGUCAUAACGGUAUCGCCUUCGCAAACACCACCGCCACAACCAUGCGUAUCCUCCAAACAGCAACUACAAGUCCACCAACAACCACUAUCACCACGUCCUCAUCGCCCUCCACCACCCUACACACCACCCCUCCCUGUCCGCUCUGCAACCACCCCCAAUGAGCCAUCCUAUCCAAGUCGUACCCCCUCCCCCCUCCCACCACCACCACCACCCCCUCCUCGCUCCGCAACAACCCCAACAGGCCCCUCCACCGCCCAAAAGGCCUACAACGAAGCCACCCACUUCCUCGGCGGCCUCAUAACGCACCCCACAAGCAGCACGAAACACACCACCAUCCUGCGGCACUCUUCCGGCAUUGUCUUCUACCGCGGCAGCACCACCUCCGUCACCAUCUCCAUCUUCUCCGACGCCCCCCUCCCACCAACCCGCACCCUCUACCUCCAAAGCAAAGGCUGGAGCGGCAAAACCGGCAUGAAAACCAAAGCAUUCCUCGGCCUCACCGACUCCUGGCUAAACGUCACCCCGACGCUCCCCGUGCAUGUGCAGCAAGUUGACCCGGUCGAUGAGCGCGCCUGGCAGCGCGACAUUGGCAAGUUUCGCAAGAAGGCGACGGGGCGCGAGAGACAGCAUGUGCUGCGCGAGACGAUGGUUGUGAGGAUCCCUGUGGAGGCGGGGGACGGGUACUUCCAGCUUGUGCUUUGCGGGGACGGAGAGAAUAGGAGGAAGGUUAUGUGCUAUAGUCCGGUGUUUCGGGUUUUGUCGACCAGUUUGAGUCCUAGUUCGUGUAGGGGGGCUAGUUUGUCGACUAUGCCGUUGGAGGUCGGGGCUAUGGUGCUGGGUAUGUAUGUUCAGACUGCGGCUGAGGCGGUCGUGGCGCCGGUUACGGCCGCGGUGCAGAGUAAGGUGCAGCCGUAUCAGCCGAGUUGGGUGACGCAGACGGCGGCGGAGACGGCCGUCUCGGUUAGUGGGGUUGGGGAUAGGGUUGGGUCAGUGUUGGGGGUUGGUGGGGAUGAUGAUGAUGAUGGGGGAGGGAGUGGGAGUGGUAAUGGGUUGAGGGAUGUGCAGGCCGGGUAUCAGCUUGCGUUGGAGGAGGGGCCGAAGGCGCCGUUCCCCGUGGACCUUACAGCGAGAGUGGAGGCCGGGGAUAGUGAUGGGCUUCGGUUUAGGGUUGGUAAGGUACCUGAUAUGGUACUGGAUCGGUAUCGGGGGUUUUUCUUUGGGUGGGCGAGAGUUGAGGGUGUUGAGGCGACAGCGGAGAGAGGGCCAGGUUCGGCCUCAGGAACGUGGCAGGGCGUCGUGUUCUCGAUUGUAUACUUUGAUCCGAUACAACAGGAGCGAGUCAAUCUCUCCCGCGCUAUGCAGAAGAUCACGACUGUCCGCUUCAUUGAUGAACCUGCUGUGCCGGUACGAGCUCAAAUAAAGCUUCAAAUCCGGAUCAUGGGGUUUCUGCGCCCGGAUGUACCUCCGCCCAGAGGCCAGACUGAAAAGGAUCUCAUAGCUGCGCGGGAGGCAGCAGCUGAGGCAGCCAUGUUAGCCGAUGCAUGCGAUGCGUCAUAUGCGCAGAGCAUUCUCGAACAUCCUGCUUGGGCAGCGGAUAGGCCCUUCUCGGGGACAAGAGGUAUAGUCACCAACGGAGCGAGUGGAAGUGGAAGUGGAGGCUGGAUGGAUAGAACUAGAGAAGGUGUGGAGAACGUCAAGUAUCGAGGGCAGAAGCUGGCGGAGAAGGUUCCCUUGCAUUGGAUCGGGGUUAGGGCUCCGACGGAUGAGGCAAGGGAUAAGCAGAUUGCCGUGAAUGGGUUUUAUAUCGUUCGGGGGUGA